AUGUUUGAUCAAUCAACCUUAACAUAUAAACUUGAAUUCAGUAUACCCUUCCAGAAUGAAUCUCAGUCAACUAUAGCCAGAAACUCUCUUAGUCCCGAUCCUAUACUUAAGCCUGAUGAACUCAAUGUCACAUUUUCGAGCAAAGCAAAUGUGCUAAAUAUUCUAUUUGAAGGUUCCUCAGAUAAAGUAAUUCGAGUGGCUGCUAAUAAUGUCAUCGAGAACCUUAAAACUGUAAUAGAAUGUAUAGAGGUGUUUGAUCAACACUAA